CGCGCAGCCGCAGAAAGUCCGUUUUCGUUUUUUUCUCGAGCGACUCAAAUUGUUCGGAAGACGUCAAGUGUUGAACUUCGGUUUUAAUUCACCACAAAAAAGAGGACAGAGCAUCCUGCCCCCUCCCCCUCCUCCCGUCUGCUCCGCGGCAGCUUGACGCUGCUUAGGUGAGGAGAGGAGAGGAGAGAGGAGCUCCGCCAGCGGACCAGGGAGAGCGUGGUGAGGAAUCCCAGCAGCCCCAGGAGAGUGAGAGCCGGACCGGCUGGACCCCCGGAGGAGGACUCGAGAGGGAACCACGUUGCCACGGGAGAGGCCUCAGUUCAGGGCUGCAGUAUGUUCACUUCAGUGAAGGCCUUCGAGGGGCAGCAGUACUCCACCCUGAAGAGGCAGUGCUUGCAGAGUGGCCUGCUCUUUGAGGACCCCCGCUUCCCCGCCACGGACGACUCGCUGUUUUACCAGGGCAACAGGAUCGGACGUGUGGUCUGGAAGAGACCUCGGGAGCUGUGUGAGGACCCUCACCUAUUUGUUGAUGGCAUCAGCGCACAUGACCUCCAUCAGGGACAGCUGGGUAACUGCUGGUUCGUAGCGGCGUGUUCCAGCCUGGCCUCCAGAGAGUCUCUGUGGCAAAAAGUCAUUCCUGACUGGAAGGAGCAGGAGUGGGAUACAGAGAAGCCAGACUCGUACGCCGGGAUUUUCCACUUCCGCUUCUGGCGCUUCGGCGAGUGGGUGGACGUGGUGAUCGACGACCGGCUGCCGACGGUGGACAACCAGCUGGUGUACUGUCACUCCAAUGACAGCAACGAGUUCUGGAGUGCCCUGGUGGAGAAGGCCUACGCCAAGGUUUACGGCUGCUACGAGGCGUUGGACGGGGGAAACACGGCCGACGCGCUGGUGGACUUCACCGGUGGUGUGUCGGAACCCGUGGACCUGCUGGAGGGUCAGAUGGCUACAGACGAAGUGGCCCGUAACCAGCUGUUCGAAAGAGUUCUCAAAGUCCACAACAGAGACGGCCUCAUCAGCUGCUCCAUCAGGGCGACCACAAUAGAGGACAUGGAGGCACGGCUGGACUGCGGCCUGGUCAAAGGCCACGCGUACGCUGUAACAGACGUACGGAAAGUGCGGCUGGGUCACGGACUGCUGGCCUUCUUCAAAUCGGAGAAGCUGCACAUGAUCCGCAUGAGGAAUCCCUGGGGAGAGAAGGAGUGGAGCGGCCCGUGGAGCGACAGCUCGGAGGAGUGGAACAAGGUGAGCAAGAGCGAGAGAGAGAAGCUGGGCGUCACCGUGCAGGACGACGGCGAGUUCUGGAUGACGUUCGACGACUUCUGCCAGUACUUCACUGACCUGAUCCUGUGUCGCCUCAUCAACACCUCCUACCUGAGCAUCCACAAAACCUGGGAGGAGGAGGUGAUGAGGGGCUCCUGGAUCCACCGCCAGGACCCGCUCCGCAACCGAUCCGGAGGCUGCAUCAAUCACAAGGCCACUUUCCUGCAGAACCCUCAGUAUGUGUUUGACGUGAAGAAGGUGGAGGACGAGGUGUUGAUCUGCUUACAGCAAAAAGAAAAGAGAGCCACACCCAAAGAGGGCAAAGGGGAAAACCUCGCCAUAGGCUUCGACAUUCACCGGGUGGAGCUAAAUCGGAAGUACCGUAUGCACUCAGCCCAGCAGAAAGUAGCGGGCUCCAUCUACAUCAACUCGCGCUGCGUCUUCCUCAGGAAGGAGCUGAAGGAGGGCCGCUACGUCAUCAUUCCCACAACCUUUGACCCCGGGCAGCAGGGCGACUUCCUGCUCCGCGUCUUCACUGAUGUGCCUUCAGACUGCAAAGAGCUGACUCUGGACGAGCCUCCUCAGACAUGUUGGACUGGGAUGUGUGGCUACCCUCAGCUGGUCACUCAGGUCCAUGUACUGAACGCUGAGGGUCUGCAGGGACAGGACUCCAAUGGAGCUGUGGAUCCCUACGUGAUCAUCACCUGUGAAGGAGAGAGGGUUCGUUCGCCGGUUCAGAAAGACGCACGGUGCCCAAACUUUGACAUCAAAGGCCUCUUCUACCGCAAGAAACCCAAGGAGGGCAUCCACAUCGAGAUCUACAACAAGAACAUGAUCGUGGACACCUUCCUGGGUCAGGUGAUCCUGUUCAGCGACCCAAACGAGCGGCAGGAGCAGCACACGCUCCACCUCCGCGACAAGGGCAACCGCCAGGACAACGACCUUCCGGGCACGCUCACUGUGCGCCUCAUCACCUCCACGACGCUAACCAACAUCUGACGCGACCGUUUGUGCGGUUCUGAUGAUCGAGCGCUGGAGGGUGGCGUUCAGUCGUGCCCGCUCUUCAUCCUUUGACCACCAUGGGAGCUCACUGUGUCUAUUUUCUGCCGCUUGCGCUCUCUUUGUGUCUCUUAUACUUUCCCCCUGUUUUUCUUUUUUCUUCCGCUUUUAAAUUCCACUUUGUUACAUGUGUUUCUGAAGGCCUAUAUCUAUAUUUCCGGAUGGGAGGUGUCCAUAUCUGGGGUUCGUACUGAAUAACUUUGAACACAUUCCUGCCAAAAUUGUACAUUAUUUAGUGUUUGACAUAAUCUUCAUUUCCGAUUUUGUAGCCACAAUCUCCAUCAACAACUGAGCUACAGUUAAACAGAUUUUUAAGAAAAGGCUGAUGUUAGCCUGAAGUUUUAUCAGUUCAUCAGUCUGAGCCUAAUCCACAAACUUCUCUUUUCCUUUCUCCAUUUUGUUAUAAUUAAAAAACACACACGCAAACACUCAUAUUCAUGCACAUACGAUACAUAUGCAGACCUUUCUGCACUCGCCAUGCAUGUGCCAAUGUUUCCAAGGGCUAUGCAUUGCCUUAAGGCUGAGUCUGGCUCUCCACCUUGAGGAAAUGGUGGGUUAUGUUAAAUAGACUUUUAUGUUCUCCAUCAGCUUUCCUCGGUGUUAGCACAGCCUCCAUACACAGUGUGUUCCUUAAAAUCUGCAUCGCGCCCCACCUCUUUGUCUUAGUUUUAGUUUUCUGUCUCCUGUAUAUUGACCUGACGUUUGCUCUUUUUAUAUCUGUGGAUGAUCCUCCCUCCCACCCAGACACCUCAAGUCUUCACCAGUUUGCCGGUGCUUCGGAGAGCAUGCAGCACUGUCUGUCACUUUUUACUGUGGACUUUACAAACGAACGCCAACAGCAGCUAUUCUCUCUCCCCUCUACUGAGAGCUUUCCUGUGUUGUUCUGUGAGCGUGCUCAUGUGUGAAAUCUUGCCUCCCGUCUUCCAUCACUAGCACCGUUCGAAACUCCCUGAGACGCUUUUCUGCCGGUUGCUAUGGACGAUCUCCAAACUGCAUGGCUUAAAAAAAACAAAAACAAACUAAACUCUGCCUGUGCUGCACAUCUCUUCAGUCGUAGCUUAGCAGCCGGUGCUUCUGAUAGUGCUAACCCUUCCUCCUUUGACACCCCCCCCCCCCCAUGUGUACACCUACCCAGCCCAGCGGAGUGCAAAGAUUCACCCUGACAUAAAUCAAGUGCUUUAUGGGACCAAAGAUGAGCCAGGCCCUUAGCUCUCUUAGUCCCUUUCGGACCGGCCUGGCCUGGCCUGGCCUGGCCUGGCCUAGCUACAAACCACCACCCCCUGUGCCACAUCAUCUCUUAAUGGCAACACCACUGCCUGACGCUUCCUCUGUCUUGAGUCUGUCGGCCUGGGCCAAGGACUCAUGCCACGUGACCCCGAGAGACGGCAGCUGUGCUUUUGCUGUUGGCACAGAACAGGGGUGUGUGUGUGUGUGUGUGUGUGUGUGUGUGUGUGUGUGUGUGUGUGUGUGUGUGUGUGUGUGUGUGUGUGUGUGUGUGUUGGAGAGAGAGAGAGAAGAGAGUGUGUGUUUGUGUUGGGGCUGCUCGAUUAUGGCAAAAAUCAUAAUCAGGAUUAUUUUGGUAAAUAUGAUUAAUUAACACGAUUAUUAAUUGAUUUUGGAAACACUGUGCAUUUAUUGAACUUAAAAAAAACUUUUGAACAUUGGAUUUCCCUGAAUAUAAAUACAUAGACAUUUACAUAAAUAAUGUAAACAUAAUAAGUAAGAUAAACUAUGUUGUAGUGCAGCUCCACAACCUACUGAAAACACCAUCAUGUAACAAAUCUCUCACAGAAUUUGUUGUUGCUCCUCGUCAGACAUUGAAACCAAAGUGUUGAAACCAAACAGCUGGAUUGGUUUUACCUUUCGUGUUGACCAAAGGCUCAUCCUGGCUCAAGCUAAAACUAAACGUGCCACAGCCUGGCCGAGAGAGAGAGAGAAAGAGAGAGAGAGAGAGUCUGAGGGGUGAGAGAACACCGCUGCAGAGGAAAGGGGUGCGCUGGAUUCUCAACACAAGACAAAACACGAGCGUCAUUGCGAAACAGAAUGCGGCACAAUAAUCGUUUUAUCUUGUUUUCAUAAUCGUCGGAAGCCAAAAUCAUAAUUGAAAAUUAAAGCUGAUUAAUCGCCCAGCCCUUGUGUGUGUGUGUGUGUGUGUGUGUGUGUGUGUGUGUGUGUGUGUGUGUGUGUGUGUGUGUGUGUGUGUGUGUGUGUGUGUGUGUGUGUGUGUGUGUGUGUGUGUGUGUGUCCUGUUAGUAUCUGUGAGUGCUUGGAUGAAUGUAUAUCUGUUAAUCCACGUUAAACCGGGAAGAAAACGAUCUCUGAGGAAAGGUGUGGACCGAAGGGAAGAGAGCCCUUUAGGCGAAAACACACCUUUGCACUUUACUUAGUUUUACUGGGGUAAAAAAAAAAAACCCUUAAGGAUUAAAAGAAGAGGAGACGUCCUGCCAAACAACCUGUGCCAUUGCCUUGGUCCUGGCUUUGCCUCCACAGCAAGAAAACAGCGCGGAACAUGGGAUGAACUGUUGAACACUUUCAAAGGGAUUUCAGUAGGAUUUUGCAUACUGAACCAAUACUGGUAUAAUGUAAUCUAUCUCUGAUGAACCAUGGCAUUUGUUGCGUAGCUCAUGUUGCCAUCCAGUUUGACCUUUUUAGCACAUUGUGAACUGAAAAUCUCAUUUUAUGUUUUGUUUUUGUUUAGUUUUUUUCAAAAGUGCAAUGUCACUACAGAGACUUUUCAUUCCACCUUUUAUUGACUUCUGGGUCCCCCUCCCCCCCUGUGUUUCAUAACAAGAAUUCAAAAUGUAAGUUACUGUCAUUAUUGAGACAUUUCCUUUUGAAUGUAAGACAGUUAGUGGACUAAUCUCUCAGACAAACUAUCAAGUCCGUUCUCCUGAUUUCUUUCAGCGCCUUUUUCCAUUACUUGAACUGUCACACGUGGCAUUUAAAUGAUCACACACCUUUGUGUACAGCAUCUUUAUAAAUGUGUCUUGCAUGGGUUAUUUUCUAAUAUGUUCAUGGCCUUGUAUUGUACUGUUCAAUUGUUAAUAAUAUAUAUAUAUACAUAUAUAUUUAUUCUUUCUAUCUCAAAAGUCUUGGAGAUGCUAGUUCUGAGCAGUCAGCAUGUCUACACGAACGCACCUCAUGUCAGUCUGAUCAUAUCAACCGGUCUGAAACAGUUAUGUCUUGUAACACAGUGAUGCAUUCAUCAUGCCUCUAGUGUCGGUGAACAUUAGCAGCAGUUGUUGACUAUUUAGGUGCUAUUUAUCUUCUCUGUGCUCUUUUUUUUCUGUUGUUUUUAGUCGGAAAGGGACAGAAAAUGAGAGUGAAGUAACAGAAAACGUCACGUCAGCUUGCAGACGGACAGUGCUAGAAACUGUGUAGUGCCAAGCAGCGCGAGGUUAAGACACGGGAGCAUGUGCCUGAAUAGCUGCUGGUUUUUAUUUACACACCAGGGUGGGAAAAGAGAGGAAAACCUUCUCCUUCCCUCGCUAAGUACUGCUGAAGUGUCCUUGUGCAAGGCACUGAGGUCUUAACUGCUCCAGUGGAGCCGACACUCCUCACGGUCGGCUAUUUGUACAGAGCAGCUUCCAGGUGUGACUGUCCAUAUUUGUGUAACUCUAAUCCCCCACAGGUCAAUACUGUGAAUCUUUACAAAAACAGCUUGUGGUGUGGAAGGCAGGCUGGACCGCAGGGUUUAUAGACAGACAUUAUUGGUGCCAAAGGCGUAGGUGGCUACAUGGAUUUUGCUGAAAUUGAUAGCGCACAGAUCAGGGGGGCGACAGUUUGUGCCUCUCAUGGAUCACCAUUACAUUUCAGUCACACAGCUAAGCAUCGGAUUUUCCAAAAAAAAAAACAAAUAUCCAGCGACCUUCAAAGAACCCAGAGGGCUGUUUGAUAAAACAAAUUACUGUUCUGAAGGUAUUUCCAGGAAACUGACGGACUCUUCUGACCAUGCAAAUGAAAAAAAUAAAGAUUGAAAAUGUUUUUAAUCUGUUUCCUAAUCCAAACUAAAUGCUCAGUUUGUGCUUGUGCUUGCUCAGUUAACCAUUUGUUUGUCUGUAUUGGUUUUACUUUUCUAUUAUCAAACAAAAAUAUCAUGUUGAGAUACAGUAUAUCUUCUGUUUUACAAAGAGAGCAAGGACAUACAGUACGUCAUUUCUGGCUUCCUGGGUAGAAAAUACUAUGAACUGUUGAGAAUCACGGUGCUUACAGAAUAUUUUUUAUUUUUGAGGAUACUGGAAAUACUCUGCGAACAGUUUCGGCUUCUGUUUAACGACCUUCUGGGUUAUUCAGAGAUCAUCAGGUAUAUGUUUUAUGUUUAGCUUGAAUGUAACAGUAACACAUGAGAAGAACAAACAGGGAUAAGAUCACACUGGCAACAACUAAAGAACAAACUAGACGAAAUACCCUCUUUUAUCCUGCCUCCUUAUUAAUGUGGUAACAAACAGAUAAAACCACACGGGUUUUAAUUAUCGCUUUGUAUUUUAAUUUCACACAGAAGUUUCACAGUGAAGCUGGAUGUGCCAUAGAAAAAAACAAAAAUGGUGUUAAUUCUCUAUCAGGCAUAAGUGAUUUUAAUAAUAUCGUGCAUUAGUUUUAUACAGUAGCUGCUACAAUUCCCAUUGCAUAAAAGCUGUUAACCCCUUCGUGUCCACUGGAAGCGUUUCAGAGGCGGAGCAUCUUCAGCAGCCGCAUUUCCUCCGUGAUAUUUUUCUGUUUUAUCAGCCUGUUUCAUAUGUUCCUGCAGCUCAUUCAUGACCUGUGUUUAACAGACACCAACGGCUUGACAUUUUCAUUGUUUAGUGAAAUAUCUCGAUGUUCAUGAUCCUUAGAGGAUGAAGCCUAAUAACUUUAGUGAUCCUCUGACUUUUCCUCUAGCGCCACCAGCAGGUUGAUAUUUGUGGUUUUGAGUGAACAACUUAUUGGAAGGAUUGGCUUGAAUUUUGUUGAGAGUGAUCAUUCAGUGAUUGUUUUACUUUGCAGAUAGCACCCACCGCCAUCAGGUCCAAUUUCCAAUUUGUCCAAAGUCUUUGGUUUGUGACCAAAAACCUUUUUUUAAAACGAAUGAUAUUCCCGUCAGACAUAAACAAAUGUUCGCAUGUUAACAAGCUAAACUAAGCUUCUGAUCAUGGUGAACAUCACACCUGCCUCACAGCCACUAGCAUGGUUGUAAAUUCUUUUUUGUAAAACUCAACACCAAAUGAAAUGCAUCAUUCAAAAAUAACUUCACAUCUUGUAUCAUUAAAGUCAUUGAUCGUAUCUUUCAUCUGCGAAGAUGGCAGAGCAGAGAAACGAGCGGCCAUCGCGACGCUUUGCUCGUGACUCCAGUGGACAUCAAGGUUAAAACUGACGAGGGACUCGAUUAGUAUUCGUUAAUGUGCCGUGUUAAUGAAUGACAGCUUCUCCUCAGUCGUCAUAGACUUUAAAUUCUAGAGUUUCUCUUCAGCUGAUGCCACAACCGUGUUUCACGCUGAAGAUUUUUCCAUCAGGUUUUCAGCAGCUGAGUUAUUUUGUGGCUCCAAGUUUUUAUUAUUUGUGUGGAUGUGGCACAUAAAUACAACAUUUGGUGUAUUUAUAGUGUUUGGGCUUUAGAGUCACUGUGUCGCUCACAACCCUGCAGUAAUAAUAAGUAUGUAAUGAUAAUAAUAAUAAUAAUAAUAAGAGUAAUGUGUGUGAAAUCUUGUCGAGGCGUUCCUCUUCAGCCUUCUACUCGUGUGCUGCAGCAGUGCCAAAAAGACGAGGGCAGUUUUGUGGGUGGUGAUGAAGUUAUACUGUACACUGUAAAUAUGUUUGCUGUGUACCUGCUGAACAAAUGUCACACGGGGCAAAUUACAGUUUGUUUUUGGUGCCAUUUUUACCUUCCACUACAUUUCCUCUUCUGUUCCUGUCUUCAUCUUGAAGUGAUGUCCGUUGCGUUGCUGUCGUUACUCAUCGUAAUUGUUGCACAUUGUGAUCCUUUGCCACAAGUGUUAUGGCUUUCACUGUUAACCACCACACACACACACACACACACACACACACACACACACACACACACACACACACAUACAUACAUAUACACACAAACACUCCAGCUACUAGACUAACCAGGCUUUGUUGGAGUGUACGGACCUUCACUGGUUUUAGUUUUUUUUUUUUUGAUAGUUGCUAUGAAGCUCAUGAGUUUUCUGUAAAUAUAUAUAUUUUCCGCACGGCCAUGCCAAAGCUGGUUUUCAGAACACGAAACCACUUGGAUGACGCUGAACUGCUCACUACGGUGGUGACCUUUUGUACGAAUCCAAAAAUACCAGUGCAUGUAGCAAAACCGCUUCAGAUCUGCUCGCGCCAUUACAAAUCACAGAAUAUCUAUUUUUGGUUCUCACCGUGUUGUAAAACAUAAUCCGCUGUUGCUACUUUGAUAAACAUACUGUGUGAAGUACGAGGCUUAUGUUGCACACUUGCAUGCAUUUAAACAAUAUACCAGUUUUAUAAUAUUUUAUAUUCAAUAACCUGCAAUAUACAGUAUGUAUAUAAAAGUAGCAGCAAUUUGUCUUAUCAGUUAUUAUUAUGGCAUCCAUGUUUUGAUGGAUGUUAUACAGUAUAUUCUAGACAUUUAUCUCGAGAGGAAGAUGUUCUUGCUCACUACCUCUAGUGAUCAGCAAGUGAAUGAUGGACCUCUUUCCUAGUCCCAUGAUACCUUGCAGGAGUUACGAGCGUGACUUAGUGUUAUUACCCUAAAAGAAGUGUGCACCAUGUUGGGAAAUUCGCUUAAUCACUUUCUCACCAAGAAUUAGAUGAGGAGAUCGACACCACGCUCAUGGGUAGAAACAGUUUGCAACAAAAUCCACCUCUAAAGCUCAUUAACGAACCCGUUUUACCACCUUUAAUCUGGUAGUAUGGGACUUUAAAGCUUCCUCUGAAAAAAAAUAACAAAAAAAGGUCUUGAAUAUAUUUUUUCUAGCCCGCCACGGGCAGUGAUAUCAUUUAUAAUAUGUUGUAAGUGAUUUUAGCUUUGAGCUUAUCGGCUGGAAAUAUUAACCACGUUAACCGAGGCCACUCCUCCUUCAGGUUGUCCUCACGUUAUCCCGAAUCAGUUAUUCCCCCAAAGUGUCCAAGAAAAGAGCAGAAAUAAUUCCCACAAGGCAUCAUGGGAGUAGAAAUAAGAUGAAUAGACAAAAAUGAGAAAAGAGGCUUUUUUUUUUUCCUGUUUAUCACUUCUAGAGAGAACGAUGAGGCGGUCGCAGUUGAGGUUCGCUUGCCUGCUGAUCUUAUAGCCUUGUCCACUUGCAUACCGCUGCAUGUGUCUAAAUUAACAAGACAUUUGUGAUGGAGUCCCGGAACGAGUACACCAGGUAUUAUGUUUAAUCUCAAUGACAGCAUCAUGUAGACUGUAUCCAAUUUGACUCUUGACAUUUUUAUCCGAGAUCGAGUCUUUGUCCGCUCAAGGAAUGAGCUUGUGAUUCUUCUUGUAUUUUUCUGCUGAUGUUUAUUAACUGGAGACUGGAAUACCUACUGCAUGGUGACACUUCUAGAAGAUGCUACGGUCUUUAUAACAAGUAUCUUUUAUCAGUAUUUUAUAACCUUGUUAAUUUUAUAUAUUCACUUUACCUUGCGUUCCAAACUGUUUACUGAUAGCUACGUAUCAGAGAGCUGUGCUGUAUGUGUUCUGUACCGUGUGCUUGUCUGUGUGUUAUUUUCAGCGUGAGCUUUCCCUUUUUUUCUUUUUCAAUGCGUGUGUUUGUUGGAUUUGGUUCUCGGUUACACUGUGGUUAUUUUAUAGCUACGAUCUGAAAUUAUUAUUUUUUCUUUUGUAUUUAAUGUCAACUUGUGGCAUGACUUUGAAAUAAAACAGGAAAACCUA